AUGAGUGAAAAAGACAAAUUGAAACAGCAAUAUCAAGCAGAACAACAGGGAUACUCUAGACCUGAAGCCCCUCCCCCACCAUAUGAAGAAAUCCAAUCGCAACAGAAUCCUUAUGGUGGAGAAACGAGACCACAGCAAGGAUAUGAUAAUAAACCAUACCCAGAUCAACUGUAUCAACAACAACAACAACAGCAGCAGCAACAGCAAGUGCCAGACCCACUCAAUGAUCCUAAUGUUUAUAAAAUACAGCCCGAAAAGGUGAAUAUAACUUUAGCACCUCCAGAACACUUGAAUCCUCAAUAUCAAGAGUAUCUAGCUAACGAACCAGACCGUUUUAAAAGAGGUGAUUACCCAAACAAGUAUUAUAAACACGGCGCACCAUUGAAUGAGGGUCAUGUUAAUUCCAGCAAUAAGAGUAAUAAAGGAUUCCCUGGUAGAAGUGGAGUUACCUACCAUAGAGCUGCUAAUCUGUAA